CCACGGCGCAUGUUUGCGCUGUGAUGUAACGCGCGCGCGCACGCACGCACGAGCCGUGUUUCAUUCGCGUCUUCUCAACGACUGGCUGCACUCGUAUGUGUGCGUUUACGUGACGCGGCUCUUUUGUAUGUGUUCGCCGUACGUCAGCGCGAGUGCGGCUCUGCGGCGGUGGAGCGCUGGUGGCCGCGCUGCUAUACGAACUCGCUCCAGCAUCAUGACGCUCUCUUCGCGGUGCUGAACCUCCGCGCGCUUGCUUUCGAUCUCACUCUCCCGCUCUCUCUCUCUUUCUCUCUCUCUCUCUCUCUCUGACCGCACACCCCCCCCGUCCUUUCUUCUCCUCUCUCUUCCCUCAAAUUCUCCCACACACACGGACCCAAACCCUCCGUCAUGGCGUCUUCCAACAACGUAACCCCGACCAACUGUAGCUGGUGGCCUAUAUCGGCCAUGGAUGAAGAGGAGAAGUCGAUCAUCGCGGACGGAGAGGAGAGCCGGCAGCAGCAGGAGCCCGCGGCUGUAGAGCCCAAACCCUUCUCCAAAGACAGGCUCGUCUUGUACCACUGGACGCAGUCCUUCAGCUCGCAGAAGGUGCGGCUGGUCAUCCAUGAGAAGGGUCUUCACUGUGAGGAACGUGACGUGAGCCUCCCGCUGACGGAACACAAGGAGCCCUGGUUUAUGAGGCUCAACCUGGGGGAGGAGGUGCCCGUCUUCAUCCACGGAGAUACCAUCGUCAGUGACUACAAUCACAUUAUCGAGUACUUGGAGACAAACUUCACGGGAGACACGGUGGCCCAGCUGAUCCCUGAUGCUGGAGGCCCACUGCAUGCCCGUGUGCAGCAGUACCGGGAGCUGCUGGACAGCCUGCCCAUGGACGCCUACACGCACGGCUGCAUCCUGCAUCCUGAGCUCACCACCGACUCCAUGAUCCCAAAGUACGCCACUGCUGAAAUACGUAGACAUCUGGCUAAUGCUGCCUCUGAGCUGAUGAAGCUGGACCAUGAGGAGCCCCAGCUCAUGGAGCCAUACUUGUCCAAGCAGAAAAAACUGAUGGCCAAAAUCCUGGACCAUGACAACGUGAACUACCUGAAGAAGAUACUCAGUGAGCUGGCCAUGGUGCUCGAUCAGGUGGAGGCUGAGCUAGAAAAAAGGAAGCUGGAGUAUCAAGGUCAGAAGUGUGAACUGUGGCUUUGUGGACCUGAUUUCACCUUAGCUGACAUUUGCCUAGGAGCCACGUUGCACAGGCUCAAGUUCCUGGGACUCUCGAAGAAAUACUGGGAGGAUGGCAGCCGACCCAACCUGCAGUCCUUUUUCGAGCGAGUCCAGAGGCGCUAUGCCUUCCGCAAAGUCCUGGGUGACAUCCACACCACACUCCUCUCUGCCGUUCUACCCAAUGCAUUCAGGAUGGUGAAGAAGAAACCUCCCUCCUUUUUUGGUGCCUCCUUUCUCAUGGGUUCCCUGGGUGGGAUGGGCUACUUUGCCUACUGGUAUCUGAAGAAGAAAUACAUCUAGUCACCCCUGCUGUGUUCACUGUCUGUGUAUUUGUGUGAUGUUUCAACUUUUCUGUACUGAUGUUUUACAGCAGCAAAACAUGGAAAAAAAAACACAUAUAUGAAGACACUUACUUAACCUGGAUAUACACAGAAAAUAGGAACAUUCCAUAGCAAGGAACUCUAACAGCACAUUUUCUGGUAAUUGAAUGCUUUGUUUGAUUUAAUAGCGGGUUUUCCUUCAGGGUCACUGUUGGUCAGCUAUUGCACUUUUUGGCUCAAUGAAUGAAGUCUUGUCUCUAGUGGAUAAUCACAGCACAGCUGAACAAGUGGUGCAGGAACACGAUGGCUUUUUCUCGGUGGUGUUUCUCUGAGUUUUCAGGAGUGUCUCGAAGUAGCACCCUUUUUCCUCCAAGGUGGAUGGAAGGAUUUAUAAGAAGGAAACAUGCCUGUAGUCAUGUAGUCUCGCUGUAGGUAACAUUUCAGGCAUUUCCAUUUGUCCUGACUUGUCUCUUCUAUUUACCCAAGGAGACUUGUAUUUUCAGGAUUCUUUUACUCUACAAUACCUUUCUAGCUGUCAGAUAGAACUACCAGACACAGCACUACCCGGAUACACUUCAAUGUUUAAGUACACUAUUCUAAACGUUGGAAAAUGUACCAAUGUGACUCAUACACUCAACACUCAUCCCUUAGAAUGGGAAGACAUCCAGACACUGGCUUUGGUGGUGCGUUGAACUAUAUAGGUAUGUGGAAGCCAGGCAGCAUAAAACUGUGCCAUAAACAACAGGGCUUAGAUCCGCACUGUGGCCACCGGCCAAUAUGAAUAUUUUUUCCAUGGUGUAAAAUGAGCAUAUUAUAAAGGCAGUUUGUGCUGUGAGAAAGGUCACACUGUGUUAGCAGUGUAAUGAAAAGAUGAGUCCUACCUGGAUGGGACUGAGCUCUGUGAUCCCACUAGAAGGUAUUUGGGCUUGUUUCAUGCCUUUAUGAGUUAUGGCAAAUGCAAUCUUCCACUUAAUUUGAGGGGUUAGGGCCUAUAUGUCACAGAGGUGAUACUCCUAAGUGAGUUUUUGCUUCCCCCUUUUUUUUUUUUUAAAACCUCUUAAAACUCCAACUAUGCUCUAUAAAAGACAAUUAACAUGGAGCAGCAGGAGGCAUCAUGGUUAGAGCUGCUGCCUUCUACUUGAAUGAUCUGGGUUUUGAAUCCCAGCUUCUGCUGUCCUACUCUUGAGCAAGGUACUUACCUUGAAUUGCUCCAGUGAAAGUUACCUAGCUGUAUAAGUCA